CGUGACGGGAGCCGGCUCGAGGGCAGGGACCACGGUCACGGAACCGUCCCCCCUCCCCCUUUCUCCGUAGAGCGAUGGUCUCUUCCGGAAGCGCGCGGGCGAGGCCUCGGGGAGCCCGCCUGGCCGCCGCCGCUAACAAGAGGGAAGCGGGGCUGGGGAGCCGCCGGCCCGGGAGACGCGGGGAGCGACGCAGCGGUGAGGGGCUCUGCCUGCUGCGGGACUCGGGGUCUGCGGGGCACUAUGAAUGAAGAGCAGUUUGUUAACAUUGACUUGAAUGAUGAUAAUGUUUGCAGCGUGUGUAAACUGGGAACAGAAAAAGAAACGCUCUCAUUUUGCCACGUCUGUUUUGAGCUAAACAUUGAAGGGAUACCAAAAUCCAAUCUUCUACACACAAGAUCAUUAAGGGGGCACAGAGACUGCUUUGAAAAAUUCCAUUUAAUAGCAAAUCAGGACUGCCCACGAUCAAAACUCUCCAAAAGUACCUAUGCAGAAGUAAAAAGUAUCUUGAGCAAAAAAAUUAACAGGAUUAUACAGUAUGCACAAAACAAAGAUUUGGAUUCUGAUUCUGACAGCACAAAAACUUCUCAACACCAGCUUUUUAAUUUCAGACAUCAGACAGACAGAAAACUGAUUCCACAAUUUGACUCCCAAGUACCCAGGUACUCUGCAAAAUGGAUAGAUGGAAGUUCUGGGGGUAUCUCAAACUGUUCUCAAAGUAUUUUGGAACAAAAAGAAUCUACGGAUUUCAGACUUGAUAUGUUGCAAGAAACAGGAGCUACAUUCUGUUGCAAGAAUGUUUUGUGGUCUAGUUGCAGUCAAGCACCGAAGACAGAAAAAAAUAAAAGUGAUUCAGAUGCCAAUGCCCAAAGACCACAUCCCUGUUACAGCAGGGACGAAUUUUUGGUGGAGGUGGUGAUGGGUUUUGUUCAUGUUGCAGUGAAUAUGAUGACUCCUGAAGAGGUAGAGCAACUGAAUGAAAAACUCCUCAAGGAAAUCCAGGAUGUUUUUGAGGAGCUGACUCGGCAAGUGCAAGAAAAGGAUUCUUUGGCCUCAGAACUCAACGUCCGCCACAUUGCUAUUGAGCAGCUGCUUAAGAACUCUUCCAAAUUGCCAUGUCUACAGGUGGGAAGAGCAGGAAUGAAAUCAAAUGUCCCCAUAUAAAUGGGAUGAGGUCCUUACUAGUAUUAACUUUCCUUAACAGUUCCAUUAAAUAAAGCUGCACAGACAUCUAAGAGCUUUUGGGGAAAUGAUUGGGGGCGGGGGGGGGGGGAUUUCUUCAAACUUAAAUAAAACAAGUUGUAUGCAACAGCUUUUGGAUUCUAACAAAUGCAAGUGUUUAGAUGUUAAAAUUUACUAGGGGGGUGUUUCUGUUCACUCUGGAAGUAGUUUUUCACGCACAAUUGGCAGUGUCCCCUGAAGCAGGUGUCAUGUCUUAGUGAUACAGAAAUAUUUGUUCAACAACAAAGAACGACCUGAUGCCUGAUCAAACAGCAUCCAACCAAGAGAGCUUUACGAGGAGAGCAGUAUUCAUGAAAUUCCUUAUUUAUUAUGAGCAAUAUUUUAUUACUGAAAUUUUAUACUGAACAAAAGUUACUAUUUUAGGUACUUUUUCAAAUCUCUUUAUAAAAUGUUUGAAUGAUUCUGUGCAACAUUUAUGCCUUGUGUAUGGUUAAUUUCAUGAUGCAGAUGUUUUAAAAAAAACUUUUCUAAGGACAUUUAUUUCCCAUUAAAUAAAUUGUGAUGGUGCAUCUCUUUUUAGCAACUUUAUAAUUCAAGAAGGUGAUUUCAUCAGGCAUGGAUUCUAUCUUCUGGUAGAAUAAACUUAAGCACAGCACCUCGUUUUUGAAAUUCCAUAUUUUGGUUUUAGUGUAUAGAGUUGGUUUUGUAUAUGUGAAAUAUUUUUCAAUGCUUAAUAAAAGUGUAUGGCUUCAAAGAAACUAAAUAAACCUGUAAUACCUC